UUUUGUACAACCGCACAAGCCAUGUUUGUUCUUGUACACCAACACAUGGCAGAGGUCUAAAAGACAUGUUUGAAGUACAAAGGCAAGGCAAGCCAAAAUAGUGCCCCUCAAGUUCUCCCUGCUGCAAAAAUUCCUGCCUAGCUUUUGAGGCUUACCAAUCAAGCAAGGUUGGUUGGAUGUCAUCGAGUGGGAAAGUGGGCACUCCCCUUCAUCACCAAUCCAGAAAGAAAAUCUAUAUAACAGCCUGUUUCAGAUGAAGAGUUUUCGAAGGAAAAGGAGAUGGACCAAUGUGGUUCCAUUGCUUGCAAGAACGUGAUGCAUGCAGCUUGAUCAAGAAUGAACCAAGAUUUAUCGUGAGCUUGUGAGGCUAGUAGAACAAGGUGACAAGAACAGCUUAUCGAAGCAUAAGCAAAGAUUUCUAGAGAGACUUGGGAAGUAUAGAAAAGUUUUUUUGCAUGUGCAGGCACAAGGAGGAAUGGUAUUGUUGAGUUUUCAGCAGAAAACAUCAAUUACAGAGGACUGUGGCAAGGAGAUAUGUUAAAGAGAUGGGCAAGAAGGGAGGCUGGAUCACUGCACUCAAGAAGGCUUUCACCACUAGUCCCAGGGAUAAGCCAACAAAUGUUCAGCUGGUAGCGCAGUAUUCGCAGCAGCAGCAGCACAGGGGCAGCGGCGCGCGAGACAAGAAGCGAUGGGGCUUCGGGCGGUCGCGGCAGCACGCCGAGCCGGCGCCGGCGGGGGCGCUGAUCAACAUCCCGCUGUACCGCGAGCCGAGCAGCAUCGAGAAGAUCCUCGUCGACGCGGAGAUGGACCGGCAGUGCUACGGCCGGGCGCAGUACCAGAUCACGCCGGCCAAGCCCGCCACGGUCACGGCGGCCACGCCCUCCACCGCCGCCGCGUCGCUCCCAGCACCGGCGCUUCCGCUUCCGCCGGCGCGUGAGCGCCCGCGACAGCGGGACGUCGACGACGACAAGCCCGCCGUCGUGCUCCCGCUGCCCCCGUCGUCGCCGCCGCCGCUCAUCAGGAGGUUCGAUCAGGACAGGGAGCAGCAGCAGAGGCUGCAGCAGAUGCAGCAGCACACCCGCGCCGAGACCGAGUGGCGGCAGCCGCGGCACGCCGCCAGGGCGGCGCGCGCGGCGAGGCCGAGGAGAGCCGUCCCGCCGGACCGCGCCCGCGCCGCCGCCGUCGCCAUCCAGUCCGCGUUCCGUGGCUACAUGGCGCGGCGGAACUACCGCUCCCUGCGCGGGCUGAUCCGGCUGCAGGGUGUGGUCCGCGGGCCGAGCGUGCGUCGGCAGACGGCGCACGCCAUGCGGUGCAUGCAGAUGCUCGUCCGCGUCCAGUCCCAGGUCCGCGCCAGCCGCGUCGAGGCCAUGGAGCGCCGCAACGGCCACCACCGCGCCGCCAUGCUCCGCGACGCCGCCCGCCGCGCCGGCUCACAGGACGGCGGCAUAUGGGACGACAGCUUGCUGAGCCGCGACGAGAUGGACGCGCGAACGAAGCGGAAAGUGGAGGCCGUGAUCAAGCGGGAGCGCGCGCUCGCCUACGCCUACUCCCACCAGCUGCUGAAGGCGACGCCGAUGGCGGCGCACGCGAUCUUGGCGGACCUGCAGUCGGGCCGGAGCCCGUGGUGGUGGACGCCGAUCGAGCGCCGGCACGAGACGGAGGCGGCGGUAGUACUGCCCCGGCGGCAACACGCGGAGCACGUCGGCAGGCAGGCGGCUCUCGCCGUGUCGCACCGGGAGACGGCGGUGACGGCGGUGACGGCGACGGCGACGCCGGCGCGGUCGGUGGCGUCGUCCUACUCGACGGCGAAGCCGAGGGCGACGCGGCCGGCGAAGGUGGCGUCGAGCUACGGCGGCGGGAGCAUCCGCGACGACGAGAGCCUGACGAGCUGCCCGGCGUUCGGCGGCGUGCCCAACUACAUGACGCCGACGCUGUCGGCGUCCGCCAGGGCGAGGGCGCGCGCGCAGAUGCUGAAGAAGCAGCUGGAGAAGCAGCAGCAGGCGGCGCAGGAGAAGCCGAGGUUCUCGUUCGGGCUCGGCCAGAGCAUCGGCAGCUGGGCCAAGAGCCCCUUCUGGAAGGGCGCCGGCGGCGGCAGCGUCCAGCCGUCGAUCUCCUCGCGCGUCGGCACGCCGGCGGCGUCCGUGGCCGGCGGCCGGCACCGGCCGACGCGGUCGGUGAGCGAGCUCAGCGUCGACUCCGCCGUGUCCAUGCCGGCCGGGCUCGGCAGGAGGCCGUACAAGUAGUCGGUUGCUUUGCUUCGAAUUCGUUGCGACAUCCAUGUCGUCGUCGUCGUUCGUCGUUCGUCCGUGCUUGGUUUGGUGUAAUGGUAUGGGUCGUCGUCGCAUGACGCGUGCGGCUUGACGUGCAUGAUUCGUCGCGGUUUUGCGCGCGGUUUGCUGCCACCUUUUGUAUGAACUUGGUCUCGUGACGAUUUCGUUUUUUUUUUUUUUUUGGAGGGGGUUGGUUUGCUGUGAUGUAAAAGCUCGGCGAGUCGUCCGUGGAACAGAUGCUCCGUGCGUUCAUUGUGUCACGUGUGAUGUCGUGGUUUUCUUCGUUUCCCUUUCGCCGUCCUGUUUGUUGGGAGAUUUACGUUCCGUCUUUUCAAUUUUA